AGCGUCAAGCUCUGAACGACAUAAAAAAAAUUAUGGCCAAAAGUGGGUACUAUAGCAAUAAGAUAUCAGAAAUGGAUAAUGAACUUGCCGAUGAUGAAAGAAGGAAAAGGAUUCAACAUCCUCUUGAUGAUGACUGCAAUAAUCAUGUGGUGAAGAUCAUAAAAAAAGGAUGGCAGUUGAAAAAAUUAAAGCAAAUUUUGUUGCUAUGCGAAGAUACUUCGCUAGCACAAAAUUAUAAUAAGCCAAAAUGUAAUCGCUGGGAAACUGAUAUUGAUGAUAACUCAACACCACUAGCUGGGGCUUUUAGCUGGUGUAUUUCAUGCAAUUACGUUCCUGCUAUUUCACUUAGUCUCGUUAUAAAUUCUUCCGGUGCUGGUGGUGACUCUGAUAAUUAUUUAGAGUCUGGUGCUGUUGUCUCCAAUACAUAUUUUGUAUCUGGUUCUGCCCCAUCUA